GCCCGCGCAGUGCGCCGCAGUCUCGGCCGCGGCUGCGGGACGCGAGGUGCGCCCACCGGGACCUCGCAAGCUUGUGGCAUGGCCUCACUACUUCUGUCCCUGCUGGCAGCCCUGGCCCUGACCCAGGCCUCUGCACGCUUAGCUGAUGACCUGGAAGGGGACAGUUCGGAGGACCGCGCCUUCCGCGUGCGCAUCGGUGCCAGGCAGCUGCGCGGCGUGCUGGGCGGCGCCCUGGCCAUCCCGUGCCACGUGCACCACCUGCGGCCGCCCGCGGGCCGCCGGGCCUCGCCGGGCUCUCCGCGCGUCAAGUGGACCUUCCUGUCGGCGGGGCGGGAAGCCGAGGUGCUGGUGGCGCGUGGGCUGCGCGUCAAGGUGAGCGAGGCCUACCGGUUCCGCGUGGCGCUGCCCGCCUACCCCGCGUCGCUCACCGACGUGUCGCUGGUGCUGAGCGAGCUGCGGCCCAAUGACUCCGGCGUCUACCGCUGCGAGGUCCAGCAGGGCAUCGACGACAGCAGCGACGCCGUGGAGGUCAAGGUCAAAGGGGUCGUCUUUCUCUACCGGGAGGGCUCCGCCCGCUACGCAUUCUCCUUCGCCGGGGCCCAGGAAGCCUGCGCACGCAUCGGAGCGCGCAUCGCCACGCCUGAGCAGCUCUACGCCGCCUACCUUGGGGGCUACGAGCAGUGUGAUGCUGGCUGGCUGUCCGACCAAACAGUGAGGUAUCCCAUACAGACUCCGAGAGAGGCCUGCUAUGGGGACAUGGACGGCUACCCGGGCGUCCGGAACUAUGGAGUGGUGGACCCAGGGGACCUCUAUGAUGUCUACUGUUAUGCAGAGGAGCUAAAUGGAGAACUGUUCCUAGGCGCCCCUCCAGACAAGCUGACGUGGGAGGAGGCCCGGGCCUACUGCCAGGAGCGAGGGGCACAGAUUGCCAGCACGGGUCAGCUGUACGCAGCCUGGGACAGCGGUCUGGACCGCUGCAGCCCGGGCUGGCUGGCUGACGGCAGCGUGCGCUACCCCAUAGUCACGCCCAGCCAGCGCUGUGGAGGGGGCCUGCCCGGAGUCAAGACGCUCUUCCUCUUCCCCAACCAGACUGGCUUCCCUAACAAGCACAGCCGCUUCAACGUCUACUGCUUCCAAGAUUCUCCCAGCCCCUCUGUCACCCCAGAGGACUCCAGCCCUGCCCCCGACGCCGCCUCUGACGCUCUGGAGGCCAUUGUCACUGUGACAGAAAAGCUGCAGGAGCUGCAGCUUCUGCAGGAGCCUGUGGAGAGCGAGUCCCGCGGGGCUAUCUACUCCAUUCCCAUGGUGGAGGACGGAGGAGGCGGCUCCACCCCGGAGGACCCAGCAGAGGCCCCUCGGACCCGCCUAGAAUUGGAAAUGCACCCCACCGUACUGCCCACUGGGUCCUCAGAAGAGGAAAGCCUGGCACCGGAGGAAGAAGAGAGUGACAAGGAAGAAGAAGAGGCCCGAGAGGAGGAAACCGUGGAGGAGGAGGGCCCGUGGGCACUGCCUGGCGAGCUCAGCAGCCCCCUCCCCACCGAGCAGCAGCUCUCCCCACAAGCGGGGCCAGUCCUGCAACUGGGUGCGUCACCUCCUCCCGACGGAGGAUCGGAAGCCCCCAGGCCUCCAGGGGUCCGUGGACCACCUACAGAGACUCUGCCCCUGGCCUCCACUCCAGAUGGGACAAGAGAGGUGGGGGAGAAAACCGGGGGCCCUGAGGUCCCUGGGGGUCCUCCAGGAGAGAGUGAGGAGACAGGAAGCUCUGAGGAUGGCACUUCCCUGCUUCUAGUCACACGGGCCCCUGAGGGUGCCAGGGAACUGGAGGCUUCCUCAGAAGAGAAUUCUGGAAGAACUGACCCUGCAGGGGCGUCAGUGCAGGCCCAGCCGGUGCUGCCCACUGACAGCGCCAGCCGAGGCGGAGUGGCUGUGGCCCCCUCAUCAGGUGACUGCAUUCCCAGCCCCUGCCACAAUGGUGGGACGUGCUUGGAAGAGGAGGAGGGCUUCCGCUGCCUUUGUUUGCCUGGCUAUGGGGGGGACCUGUGCGAUGUUGGCCUUCACUUCUGCAGCCCCGGCUGGGACGCCUUCCAGGGCUCCUGCUACAAGCACUUUUCUACUCGAAGGAGCUGGGAGGAGGCAGAGAGCCAGUGUCGGAUGCAUGGGGCACAUCUGGCCAGCAUCUGCACACCAGAGGAGCAGGACUUCGUCAAUGAUCGAUACCGGGAGUACCAGUGGAUAGGGCUCAACGACAGGACCAUAGAAGGAGACUUCCUGUGGUCAGACGGCGUCCCUCUGCUCUACGAGAACUGGAACCCGGGGCAGCCUGACAGCUACUUCCUGUCUGGGGAGAACUGCGUGGUCAUGGUGUGGCAUGACCAGGGACAGUGGAGCGACGUGCCCUGCAACUACCACCUAUCCUACACUUGCAAGAUGGGGCUGGUGUCCUGCGGGCCCCCGCCCGAGCUGCCCCUGGCUCAAGUAUUCGGUCGUCCCCGGCGGCGCUACGAGGUGGACACUGUGCUCCGGUACCGGUGCCGAGAGGGCCUGGCCCAGCGCAACCUGCCGCUGAUCCGCUGCCAAGAGAACGGUCUGUGGGAGCCUCCUCAGAUCUCCUGUGUGCCCCAAAGGCCUGCGAGCGCCAGGAGGAGACAGGCCCGAGCCCUGCGCCCAGUGGAGACCCCAGGAGGACGUCGGGGACAGCUCCUGGGGCGAUGGAAGGCGCCGUUGACCCCUCCUCCCACCUCCUAGAGAACAAGAGCCGGAACCCGCUGUCCCCGCACUGCCCUCACGCCCUGUGUGCUUGCCACGGCGACAACACGAGAGGUGGAGCUGGAGCCCAGCAGACAGGGCCUACUGGGGCUUCUGGGAAACACUUGGGUGGUCCCACCCAGCCCAGGGGCCCUCUUCCCCCUACCUGGGCCUCAGGUUUUACCCUCAGGGCAAUGGAUAAGUCCCUAAGUGCCUCGACUGCCCUCUCCUGCCAGCCAUCACGUUGUUCCUCUUUUCUCUAGAGGACACUCUGCCACGCCUCUCAGAAGGAGAAUGGGGUGUCAGCAAAGCCAGCUGAAAAAUAAACAUUUUUUUAACCCAAA